GGUUAAGUUGUUUAGUCAGAGUGUUUAGUUAUCAGUUUGAUGAUAGUUUGUCCCCUAUUCAUUGAUUCGAGAUGCCUUCUGAAACAGUAUCUUUUCAGAAUUGCGAAUUCCUUAAGAUGAUUCGAAAAAUCGGAGAAAAUAAAUCACAUGAUAUUCCAAAGCUCAGAAAAUUCUUAAAAACAAUUUAUGAUUGCACAGAAAAUGAACAGAAAAAUUACUAUGGUAAUUCAAAAGCUCUUCCAAAAUUGAUAAUUCAAAACAUGGAUACAGAACAAAUAUGGCAACAAUUGGAACUUCAGAAUGCAGAAGUUCUAGCCAUAAAUGGAAAAAAAAUUGAGAGCUUAUUAUCUCCACAAGUAUGCACAGAGGUUCAAUUGUCAGAAAACGAAAUGGAUGAGGGUUCAGAUCACGAAAGCGGUGAUUCAGAAUUUGAAGCAGAAAAUGAUCAUAUCUCUGAGAAUGAAGAAUCAGGAGAUAUUUCAUUUGAAGAAGAUGAUAUGGAAGAAGAUUCCGUCCCAUCACAACUCCCAAAAAAAUCUUUUAAGAAGUCUGUUGUUGAUGAUGAGUUUUUCAAAUUGAACGAGAUGGAAGAGUUCCUCAUUUCAUGUGAAAAAGAAGUAGACAAAGAAAAUGAUGAUUCUGAAGAAGAAGAUGAGAUUUUAUUCUUUGCUGAGGAAGAUGAUGAAAAGGAAUAUGAAAAGGCUAUAACUGCAAAAUUCAAAGAUUUUUUCCGAUCCAAUGAGGAGAAAAAUGCUAAUGAAAAUAAAUCACAGAAUGAUUUAUCUGAAGAGGAGGAAGGAAAUUUAUAUUCAAAUUUUGAGUUGCGUAAAGAAAGAUUACAAAAGAAGAUAGAAGCCCUUGAAAAUAAAGCAGUUGCUGAAAAACCAUGGACAUUGAAAGGAGAGAUAAGAGCAGACAGUCGUCCAGUGAAUUCUCUGCUUGAGGAAGAUGUAGAAUUCGACAGAACUACAAGACCUGCUCCUAUCCUCACUGGAAACACGACACUCAAGUUGGAAGAUAUCAUAAGACAGAGAAUAAAAGACAAAGCUUUUGAUGAUCCUCAACGGAAGACUGGCUUUGUGGAGGAACCUAUUGAAUUCAAGAAAAAGUUGGUCCUGAAUCAAGAGAAAAGCAAAGAGUCUCUGGCACAAAUUUACGAAAAAGAAUAUUUGGCCGCUAAAGACCCCGACUUAACUGAAAAAGAGGAGGACAGUGAACUUCACAAAGAAAUAAAGACUGAAAUGAAAGCACUAUUCAGUCAAUUGGACGCCUUAUCCAAUUACCAUUACACUCCUAAGCCUGCAGUCCGGGAAGUGAAAAUAGUCAAAAACGUUCCAGCUUUGAAUGCAGAAGAGGUUGGACCUGUGGUAAUCAGUGAUGCAGUUACUUUGAGAUAAUCUUCCAAAAGUAACAAUAUUUCUUCCAAGUUUAUCGUUUGCAGCCUGAACAGUAGGAUGUACUUACCUUUUAAAUAUUUUUCAAUAUUUAGAGGUGAAAAAAAAAAGGUGGCACACAUUCGAAAGAAAAGAGGUAAAUCUCUACAGCAGAACAAGAUAUAAUAAAGCUCUUCAAGAAUAUCUAAAAUUUUGAGUUUAUGCAGUUUUUUUAAAUUCUAAGCAGGGAACCAAAAUGAAGAUCGCAAUAUGUGCGAAAAUGUGAAAAAAAAAAACCAAAUGAUUCAGAUAUGUUUAUUGAAAAAUUUAACCUAACUUUCAACUGCUAAUAAUACACAAUAAUUUUCCA